GGUCCCAGGGACAGUCCAGCGGGUUUAAGGAAGCGAGCUCACGUCCUGCACACUCAGUUGAUCAGCGGACGUCGUACCGUCCUCUCCUUCGCUCCUUCUCGAGAAAGCCUUGUAUAUAUAUAUCUUCCGGUUCUUCUUCGGGGACUUCAAGAAAUCCUCCAGAUCCGACAUGAGACCGAGCCUCAGCCUCCUCCUGGCCGCGCUGGCCCUCCUCCUGAGCUCCGCGCGGGCCGAAAAACUCUCCGUUCUCCUGCUAGGUCAAGAAGGAGAGUUCAACAUAGGUCACGGAGAAUCGGACUUUGACCUGAGAAGCGCCGGUCUCGGUCUCGGGCUCCCUACUGCUGCCGCUCCUGCUUCUUUGCCUACUUUCCCGCCUGCUUUCAAUGGUGUGUCUACCGGGGGCUCCAUCUUCAACUCCGGAGUCAGUUUGGAGGGAUCGGUGCCUGCUCUGAGUGCGCUCUACGACGUGCCCGACGCCGGCUCGACCCAACAGGAAGUCCAAGGGGCAUGUCAGGCAUCUACCGUGGUUAUUACAUCACGGGAUGUUGUGGUGUCGACGCGUGUGUCUGUCAGUCAGGUCGUCGUCCCUACGACCGUGGUCAGGGAGCAAGUCGUGACCUCAACGAGAGUCGAAUUCCAGACCGACUACCAGACCUCUUACGUCACUGUUCAGGGCCCCGCACAGACCUUCACUGAGGUGGUGACUCGUCCAGUGACACAAUUCCAGACUAUUACAUCAACUAGGCAGCAAGUUGUUAAUGUACCUGUUACCGAGGUAUCCUACGUCACACAGGUGGUGACGUCACGCGAACCCCAGUACAUCACCGUCACCCAAACUUCACAAGUUCCGGUCGUGCAGACUGUGGUCAGCACCCAAGUACAGCAGGAGUACAUCACUGCCACCGUCACCCAGACGCAGUACGCCCCCAACACCGCCUGCGCAGGUUCCUCCUCCACCUCCACGGCUACUGGCGGCGGCUACACCUACCCCGACCCUGUGUCCACAGGUCUCUCCUCCGGUGCCGCUGCCGUGAGUGGCGUCAGCACAGGGGGCGGCUACUACGGCACAGCUGGCUCCACUGGCGGUUACUACGGCACGGCUGGCUCCUCGGGCGGGUACUACGGCGGGGUCAGCCCCUCUUACGGUACUUCAGGCUACUACGGCGGCAGCGGGGGCUACUACGGCCGGUACCCUGGUGGCAGUGGGUACUACAGGCCACGCGGAAAUCGGUCCAAAUCCAAGGGACUCCUCGGAAAGUGGGGAAAAUAGGGAGUAAAAAAAAAAGGGCGACUGGACCGAUUGCCUUCGCGUCCCUCUUCUUGCUACCUCUUUAUGCAUUACAUUCUAUAUCGUAUUUUUGGGGGUAUUUUUAGUCUUUUUUUUUGUCUUUCUAAUGAAUGAUACAUUUCACUUAGGGUACAGUGGCAUUCAAAUCAUCCUUCAUUGAUUAAAAUAGAUUUAAAAAGUAGCUGAGGAAGAAACAAUAGUAAUAAUAACAAUUGUAAUAUACACAAGCAGUUCAUUUUAUUUUCAGGAAAUGUCUUUUCAUAUUACUAAUGAUAAUCAUAUAUAGUCGAGAUAUCAAUAUUUUUCUAAAAAAAAAGCUGAAAGUACAAUUCAUGAAUAUAAGGAUAUUUUUAUUUUAUUUUACACUCCCUUGUAACUUGAUGGUUUAGUACAAAUACUACAUUCAAUACAAAAAAGAAAAACAUAUAACCUGUGUUUAUUUUCCUUUCAUUCAAUCACCAUUUUUGGUAUCUAUAAAAUUCUGAUUUACAUAUACAUACAUACGUAAAUACACACACACACACACAGAGCAUGUGUAUGUAAGAACGUAUGUGUUAUCCAUCGCCAUAAAUAUGAACUAAGUAGAUUUUCUUUUUUCAUAUUGACUUGAA